ACUUUUUUUUUCUUUUCAUUUGGGGUGAAAUAUGAUGCUUUCUCUUGGGCAGUUACUUCUCUUUAACAGUAACCUAAAUUUACACCCAGUCACAUGAUCCAGCCCAGACUAAUAAUUAUAGCCUUUUCAGUUGACCAGAUCAGAUUCUGCUGAACAAAAGGCCAGCCCUGUUAGUCCGUACCGAAGUUCUGCAUUUAAUAUGUUUAUUGUUAGCUCCGGGAUUCAACGACGGCAUGCGUUUGAGCUGAGGUCUCCUGCUCUUCUCAGGUCUUGUUGCCUAGAAACCUUGAUGACACCCUCCUUGUGUGAUUGUUGCUGCUGCUCUCGGUUUCACUCGCACAUAAACAAACGAAACUGGUUUCGAGCCUCAGAAAUAGUUAAUUAGGGCUUUAAAAGCAGCGACAGUUUGUAUCCUCUUCCUGUGACCUCACUCAUUGUCCCUUUAUUCCCUCAUCUGCUGGUCCGCAGAGAUAAAGCAGGCGCUUUGCUGCUAUAGGGAUGCUUACGUGAAGUGCACUACGCGUCUGUGUGAGUGAUUAUGGGUAGGCGAAGGUAACGGAUCCGCCACUGACGUAAAGUUUUGCCUCUUUGACCUUGUAUAAACCGCAGAUCGUUUCUUGCCCUUGGGCGGCAGAGGCAGUUCGGUAUUUUAUCUCUUUAAAAACAAGAUUUAGGCGACUGGAUGGAUAUCACUUACAUACCAGCGCUCAUAACUGAGGGGACAUGAGCGUGAGACCUGCAGGUAUCUUUCUUGUGUGUUGAGACCAUAGCUGUUGUAAUACGAUAAUGUUAAAAAGGGAGAAGUUGGCUGUGUUGUAAGAUUGUUGCCCGACGGUUGACUUUUUUGUGUGUGUGUGUGUGUGUUUAAGUGGUCAAGUACACAAACAGGAAGAAUACACACGCCUCCGUGUGUUAGUCACAGAGGUCAUUUAAACAUUUUGUGAACGCUCUUUGUACUGUAAAUUGCACUGUAAUUUCCAUAAUUGCUGAAACGUUUGUCAAGGAGCCCUUGUGCAAAUUCGAAAGAGGAAAGCCAACUUUAACUGUUACGAAUUAGUUAUAACCAAAAGUUUUUAACCCAUCGUGCUAAUAUACCUUAUGCACUAAUUCGAAACAUUUUGAUGUCCGCUAAAAUGCUACAAUGAAAAACUGUUCUGCAUCUGACUAGCAUUAGCUAGAAGCAAAUGAAGACUGUUAUGACAUAACCAAAAGACUAUUAGCAAUUUUUAGGAUACUUUGGCAUGCUAGAGUAAGUGUUCAGUGUGCAGGGUAUAAAUUUUGUUGUCAGUAUAGUACACUUGUAGUGUACGUGCACAGGCAGAUAUUUCUACUCCCUAGAUGCUCAGUCCACUUGUGCACCUUGAAUUUGUUUGCGCUAGUUUUUCCACAAGUUGGUAACACUGUUGUUUUAGAGUUAAAAAAAGCAGAUGAGAUGGACAACUAACCACUGGAGAUGCAACAAUAAUUAGAUCAAUAGUUACUGAGUACUGGAGAAAAAUAGAUGAAAUUUACAUAAUGCAUGUUGUAUGCAACUCUAUUAAAGAAUAUGUUGGCAUUAAGUUUUUGUUAAAAAUAAGGUGGAUCGGUUGGGCUUAAGUGUUCACUUAAAAAACUAAUAAUGCUCUUGGCUUAAGUAUUCAUGAAAACCAAAGGAUACUUUGCCCUUCAGGAUUUGUGUAAAAAAAAAUACAGUUUUCUGUAUUUAAGUGUCAGUGUAAAUCUUUUUUUAUAAUUCUUCAUAAUAAUAAUAAUAAUUAUCAUAGAGUCAGAUAGAUCUCUGAUUUAAUCAAAAGUAUCUUAAUUUGCGUUCCGAAGAUGAUGAAGGUCUUAUGGAACGACUUGAGGUCAUUAUUGACAGAAUUUUCAUUUUGGGUUGAACUAACCCUUUAAGUGUUCAUAAAACAAGAAAAUACUCUUAAACGCUUAAAGGAACACUGCGCUAUUUUUGAAAAUAGGCUUAUUUUUCAACUCCCCAAAACUUAAACAGUUGAGUUUUAUCGUUUUUGAAUCCAUUCUCCAAGUCUGGCGGCGGCACUUUUAGCGUUAGCGUAGCAUAGAUCAUUGAAUCUAAUUAGACCGUUAGCAUCACACUCAAAAAUGACCAAAGAGUUUCAAUAUUUUUACUAUUUAAAACUUGACUCUUUUGUAGUACAUCAAUGAAAAGUUGUGAUUUUCUAUAGGCUUGACUUUGCUCUUAUUCCAGCGUAAUAUUGAAGGAACUUUGCUGCAAGCACAGUGAUAUUGCGCAGUGUCUCUCACAAAUGCCUCCAUGGUUGCAAGGCACGCUUCCUGUGCAAACAGCUCUGCGUAAUAUCAUUGCGCCGGUUGUACCCAUUGUACGGCAGCGUGAGCAACUUUUUUUAAAAGUGGAGUGUUCAGACACCGUUUUCUUUAGGAAGCAAACCAAUUCUGGCAUUACUAACAUCAUCCAUGGUUGGUCUAAAAAGUCAAAUUAUGGGUUAACUGCAUCAGUGAGGAGGAAGCAGCUUUUUAUACUUUUGAAUCAAUGUAUUUCUGCUUUAUAAACCUAGAACACAAGUAGGUGAUUUGUAUGAUAACGUAUAACGUGGUGUCAAGAAAUUCUCAGCAGAACCAGAUAGCUUAAAUCAAAAAUCCUAUUCAGUAAAGAACUGGGUAACGACACGGUUUUGUUUUUACAUGAACCAUAGUAGCUAGCAGUAGUUUUUGGAGUUAAGGGAAGUUGUAUGUGACUUUAUACCUUGGGGCAAAUGUGUGAACUGAGUAUAAACUCAUCUGGUGCAUCUCUGGGUGUGGAAACUGUUCAAUUAUUUAAGGUUGAUGACGGUUGUAGCACCUGAGUUAAAUGAGGAAACAAUUCUCAGGUUUCACAAAGCCAGAGCAGUCAACGAACCAAUAAAAACUAAUGCAUAAAUGAUUUACCAGGCUGCUCUGGUAAAGGGUGACUGGUUAGUGGCUUUUAGAGAAAAGAAGGUAUUCUUAGUGUCUGCGUCUUGCAUGAGUCACCUUGCUCAACCAAAAAAAUGUUGAAGUGAUUUUCUUGAAGUUGUGGUACAGCUUCUGUGGUUUUCCUGUAAUCGGAUUCUGAGUAAAACAGAACUAAACAAGAUUUUUCCCAAUAUUUUCCUACAUUCCCCUGCUAUAGGUGUGGGAUGUUGCGAUGCCAUUUCUAGGGUGUUCUGGCUGGUUGCCAGGUGUUUUAAAGUGUUUUGAGUGGUUUAUAGUGAGUAGCUUUGUUGUUUCCAGGGUGGUUGCUUAAUUGUUUUCCCUAAGACUCUCAUAUUAAGUUCUGUUGAUGUGGCUUGGGUCUCUCCUUUAGUGUAAUAGGAUUUUUCACCAUCUUAUUGUCCACCAAGGCAACUGUUAGUUUGAUCUUUUCUGCUGUCAGGAAGGCAACCAGUGUAGGAUUUCAUCUAUAGGGACUCACUCGAUUGGUAAGUCUUGUGUAGUUCCAGUUCCUCUUCAGCACACAGCAGUCUGGCUAAGAAUAUGACGUUUAGCAAUACUGGAGUCUGGAGUGAGCGCUGUUCGGGCAGUGAUAUAACGUGACCCUCAGCAAAAAUAUAAUCUGGAUCCAAGCCCAGAAUCACAUAUUUGGAUCGAUUCGGAUGGAUUAUGUCGUAAUGAUUAAUGUUUCGCGUAACCGUGAUGUUACGGUAACACAAAGAACAUCGCCCGUGUUGUACAGUAGAACUGUAGGUCCACCGUUCAGCUGUUGAAUCACACAUACAUAAAUAUGAGAUCGAGGAUGCAAUAUGCCAUGCUGCAAGCGUUCAAGUUAUUGUAAAGAGAAAAAAACGUCAAUAAUGAUUUUUCCUAAAUGUACCGUAGAAAUCAUUUUACCGAUAACAACCCUGCAUUCGUCCUGAUGCCAAUUCUGGUGCAAAUUCUUAGUUUGAUCACAUACUUAGACAAAAGCAAUGCCCUGUUUUGUACUUUACAGUGCUUCUCUGACAGCAAUAAAAUAAAUAGAGAGCUAAUGGAGGCUUUGGUCUCCUGUUGUUUCUCAAAAAGCACCCAGUAACAAGAACAAUGUAACACUGCGCUCUACAGUCACACUUUUCUCAUCUCAUUUUCUGAGCUACUGUGUGCUGUACACAGGGCUGGUGUGGUGUGAUGUUAACUGUAGAAAUAUGAAAUCCAAUAGCUUGUAGAGAUUUUGAUAUGCCACGGCUGAUAUAUUUAAAUGUCAUGCAGUGGGCAGGACUUCUUUUAACUUAUUUACAUUUGAGAGAGAUGAUGAAACAUGCGGUAAGAGACCUUAGUCAGGCUAGUGCCAUGUUUAAUUUUUGACGUAAGUCAAAACGAGGCUUUGAGGGACUGAAGUGCAAUAUGUUCAGUGGAUUGUACUUCUGUUUAACAACAUCUUUAAUGUCUUUCUGAAAAAAAACUUCAUGUAAACUCUAGAAAACAGUUUUUAAAGUUGUGAGUUGUGAAAGUGGCAUGACGUAGGACCUUGUCUAUCCCUCACAGCCUCAUUUUCAACAUCUAACCUGAAGUCUAUGCAAAAGUACAGAGUAAAGCCUCGUUCACACUAGGAACGAUAACUAUAAUGAUAACAAUAUGUGUGUCCAUACCUGCAAAUGAUAUCACCUGUUUAUUCACCUGUCACUUUAAAUUCUCGAGCUUGUGAUAGCAGGAUGGAUUCUGAUUGGGCGUCAGUGUUUGUUUCUUUCGUCAGCUGGAAAACAAUAUUCUGUGAGUGAUUCCAAUGAUAUUGUUUCUCUGUGCUUUGAUUGUUUUAGCUGUGGUGCGGACUAACAGUUAAUACUGAGAAUUUUGUUUAGAAAUAUACCUUUAUUGCUAUCUUAAUAGUUAUCAUCCUUGGUGUGAGCGGGGCUUAAAGGUCUUUGCACACUGAGUCCGCAAUUCUCGUAUGCAGUUUUCAUUUGUUUUUCGCAUUGGUCAUCCUUUCCUAUCAAAAUGCUUGCUAUGGAUGCAGAAACAGAAAAUCUAAUCAAAGUUUUGGAGGCAGUGUUUAAACGUGAUGGACACAACGUGAGGUCAUAUUUGUUUUUUAAUGUGUGUGUGUACAGGUUUAUAUGGUUAAUUAAAGGUGUCAUUAUACAAAAAUGUAUACACAAAAACCGUGUUUUUGAAAAACCAAAACUGCAGAACGUUUUGUAUGAGAAGUAGGUUUAGUGUUAGGGAUAGAAAAUACCUUUAACAUAAACAAAUAUGUUGUUAAGUCAACAUGUCAGUUAAAUGCUUGCUUGCUGAAUAAAAGCUGAAUUUAUUCCAUGAAAAAAAACAAAAAUGUUGUGCAUAAUCAUGUAAAAUAUUACUAUUAACAUAAAUAUACUAAACUAUAAUUAAAAUGAAAUAAUAAAGUAUUACAUUUGCAUACUUCAUAAUGUUGAAUCCAGCAUAUACGACGUAUUUUUCAUAAAGGGUGAUAUGUUAGGGUUGUUAUCUCAUUUUAAUGAAAUUUCACAACGGUGCUGUUUAUACUUUUAUCUCUAAAACCUUUUGAAUUAACCAAAAAUGAAAGAGGACCAUCAGAGUAAUCCGGGCUUUUGCAAAAGCCAGACCUGUGUUUAUAUUGGCAGGCGCUUCACUAACUUCUGAAGAGCUGGUAAAUGAUUAGGAGUAGCUUUUUCUAAUGAGCGUAAACCCUGCAGGCGAAGAAAUUCCACAAUCUCUCGCGAUCACAGACAAGUGCCGUCAACGUCUGCCCCGUACCCACCAACCUAGCUGCCCAAAAGAAAGCAGAACCCCAGACUUCAUGCUUUGACUGUCUCUGUGAAGUUCUAAUGAGUUGAAUCUAACGCCUGAACGUUUGUUUGUGCCGCUCGAAGAAUGACAUUGCAAACAGGCAAUGGCGCUGCGAUGGCUUUGGAUGUUAGUACCGUGGAGAGGAGGUUGGAACCAGCGCUCGAAAUCACCCGGACAAGAGGAGGAACGACAUGUUCGAGCCAACGAUCGCGACUACAACGAGCGGUUCAGUUACGCUGACAACCGCAUCAAGACGGCAAAAUACAACGUUUUCUCCUUCCUGCCCGUUAACUUGUUCGAACAGUUUCAACGUUUCGCGAACGCCUACUUCCUGGUUCUGCUGAUACUGCAGUUGAUUCCAGAAAUCUCCUCUCUUUCGUGGUUCACCACCAUUGUGCCUUUGGUGUUGGUGUUGGCUAUCACAGCCGUCAAAGAUGCUACCGAUGACUAUUUCCGCCAUAAAAGUGAUCAACAAGUCAACACCCGGCAGUCUCAGGUACUCAUCAAAGGAAAGUUGCAGAAUGAGAAAUGGAUGAAUGUACGAGUGGGUGAUAUCAUCAAACUUGAGAACAAUCAGUUUGUUGCUGCUGACCUUCUCCUCCUCUCUAGCAGUGAGCCCUAUGGACUGUGCUAUAUCGAGACUGCAGAGCUUGAUGGAGAGACCAACCUGAAGGUGCGCCAGGCCUUGACUGUGACCUCAGACCUCGGGGACGACAUUGCAAAGCUUGCAGACUUUAAUGGGGAAGUCAUCUGUGAGCCGCCCAACAACAAACUGGACAAGUUCACAGGGACUCUAUACUGGAAAGAUAACAAGUACCCACUGGACAAUGAGAAAAUGCUCCUGAGAGGCUGUGUUCUUCGUAACACCGAGUGGUGUUUCGGCUUGGUUAUCUUCGCAGGACUUCAAACCAAGCUGAUGCAAAACUGUGGGAGGACGAAGUUCAAACGGACCAGCAUCGAUAAACUGAUGAACACCUUAGUUCUGUGGAUCUUUGGAUUUCUCAUCUGUAUGGGGAUCAUACUGGCUAUAGGAAACACUAUUUGGGAGCAGAAAGUGGGCAGCAGCUUUUGGGAGUAUCUUCAGUGGAAGGAACUUACCAUCAAUGCGGUCUUCUCUGGCUUCCUGACCUUCUGGUCCUACGUUAUCAUCCUCAACACUGUCGUACCCAUCUCACUAUAUGUUAGUGUAGAGGUUUUGCGGCUGGGCCAUAGUUACUUUAUAAACUGGGACAGACGAAUGUACUACAGCCGUAAGGACACUCCUGCCGAGGCACGGACCACCACCCUCAAUGAGGAGCUCGGCCAGGUGGAGUUCAUCUUCUCAGACAAAACAGGCACCCUCACCCAGAACAUUAUGGUGUUCAAUAAAUGCUCCAUCAAUGGAAAGACCUACGGGGAUGUUUAUGACGAGUUUGGGCAUAAAGUGGAUAUUACAGAGAAAACACCAUGUGUAGAUUUCUCCUUCAACCCACUAAUGGACCGGAAAUUCCGUUUCCAUGACAGCAGCCUGGUCGAGGCCAUCAAGCUGGAAGAGCCUCUGGUUCAGGAAUUCUUCCGUCUGUUAGCGCUCUGCCACACCGUCAUGCCAGAAGAGAGAAACGAGGGGGAGCUGGUGUAUCAGGCACAGUCUCCGGAUGAAGGAGCCCUGGUUACUGCUGCACGCAACUUCGGCUUCGUGUUUCGCUCCAGAACGCCAGAGACCAUCACUUUAUAUGAGAUGGGUCAGGCGGUCACCUAUCAGCUGCUGGCCAUCUUAGACUUCAACAACGUACGGAAGAGAAUGAGCGUUAUUGUAAGGAACCCAAAGGGGCAGUUAAAGCUUUACUCAAAAGGAGCCGACACAAUACUCUUCGACAGGCUGGACCCGUCUAAUGAAGAGCUUAUGUUUACUACCUCAGAGCACCUUAAUGAGUUCGCCGGGGAGGGUUUGAGAACAUUAGCGCUGGCGUACAAAGACCUGGAUGAAGACGUGUUUGACGAAUGGACGAAGAAACUGCUGUUUGCCAGCACAUCACUGGAGAACAGAGAAGAAAAACUCGGGGCUCUAUAUGAAGAAAUAGAGCUGGGCAUGAUGCUGCUUGGGGCUACAGCCAUAGAGGACAAACUUCAGGAAGGAGUUCCAGAGACCAUUGCCUGUCUGACCUUGGCCAACAUCAAGAUCUGGGUGCUCACCGGGGACAAGCUAGAGACGGCAAUGAACAUCGGCUACUCCUGUAACAUGCUCAGAGACGACAUGAACGAGGUGUUUAUAAUCUCAGGUCACACCAUGCUUGAGGUUCAACGGGAGCUCAGGUUGGCUAAAGAGAGAAUCAUGGGACCCGGCAAAGACAAAUUCAGCAGUGGCCUUGACAUGGAAAAGACAGAAUUGUACUCGAGCGACUCUGUCUUUGAAGAGACCAUCAUCGCAGAGUACGCUUUAAUCAUCAACGGACACAGUCUGGCUCAUGCCUUGGAGGCAGACCUGGAGCAGAUCCUGGUGGACGUGGCGUGCCUGUGUAAGACGGUCAUCUGCUGUCGAGUCACUCCGCUGCAAAAAGCUCUGGUGGUUGAGCUCAUAAAGAGACACAAGAGAGCCGUCACUCUCGCCAUCGGAGACGGAGCCAAUGACGUCAGUAUGAUCAAGACGGCCCACAUUGGCGUGGGCAUCAGCGGACAGGAGGGGAUGCAGGCGGUGUUGGCCUCGGACUAUUCCUUCGCCCAGUUUCGCUACCUGCAGCGUCUCCUGCUCGUCCACGGCCGCUGGUCCUACCACCGCAUGUGCAACUUCCUCUGCUACUUCUUUUACAAGAACUUCGCUUUCACGCUGGUUCACUUCUGGUACGGAUUCCUCUGUGGAUUCUCUGCCCAGACGGUAUAUGACCAGUGGUUCAUCACACUCUUCAACAUCGUCUACACCUCACUUCCUGUUCUGGCCAUGGGCCUGUUUGACCAGGAUGUGAACGAACAGUACAGUUUACGUUAUCCAAACCUGUAUAGACCCGGGCAACUGAACCAGCUCUUCAACAAGAGCAAGUUCUUCACCUGUACACUGCAGGGGGUCUGUACUUCAUUUAUCCUCUUCUUCAUCCCAUACGGAGCCUUUAUGACCGCUGUGCGGGAUGACGGCGCCCACAUCUCUGAUCAACAAGCUUUCGCGGUAACCAUAGCAACCUCUUUGGUGAUUGUGGUCAGUGUUCAGAUUGGGCUUGACACCAACUACUGGACCGCUGUUAACCACUUCUUUAUCUGGGGAAGUCUAGCUGUUUACUUCGCAAUCCUUUUUGCAAUGCACAGCGACGGCAUUUUUACCAUAUUCCCAAACCAGUUUCCUUUCAUAGGUACCGCACGUAACUCUCUGAAUCAGAAGAUUGUGUGGCUCGUCAUACUCCUCACCACAGUCGUGUGUAUAAUGCCCAUGGUGGCCGUCCGGUUCAUCAAAGCUGACCUCUAUCCAACGCACACUGACAAGGUACGUUUACUUCAGCAGGCCUCUAGGAGGCAGGGUCCUCAAGAACAGAACCUCAGGAGAGUGCGCAGGACGAGUUCCCGGCGCUCGGCGUACGCUUUCGCCCACCAGCAGGGAUACGGAGAACUCAUCACCUCUGGCAAGAACAUGAAGGUACCCACAUCCUCCACUUCCACAUACCCACUAUCCUCGCCCGCAAGAGGCGCCGUCGCGGUGAAAAACUGCGGCACAACCGAUGCAGAGACCAACAGCACCGGAUUCAGGAGGGAACGGGACCAAAACCAAGAGGUAACGGUGGAAGACUUGGAGGCCAGAUAAAGGAGCGUUUUUUUUCCUCCUUCCUUUACAGAAGGAGAAGAGGAAUUAGCGCCUGUCUUUAAUGUGAGAAAAUGAUAAUGCAUUGUCAGAGAUGCCGUGGGCACAACUAGACUACGGGAGGGCUAGACAUGCACAGGAGACUCCAAAGAGCCAGCACAAUGAAGCACAGAUAACACUCACUUUCUCACGCAUCUGCUCACGUCUCACAAGGCAUCCGUUCAUUCCACAACGAUUUCACUUUGUACUUUUACCUCUUCUGGCACAAAUUCAUAUUCAGUGUUUUUGUAGUUCGAGUUUUAGGAACUUGUUUUUAUGCAUUCGCUUGGAAGCUUGUUUCCGUCGCAGGAUCAAAAUAAAAGAAAACAGGUCAUUGUGACCUUUUCAUGUCGCAAUUCAGGGCUUUUAAAUCGUUAUUUUGAAUUUAUAUCUCACAGUUCUGUCUGCCUUUCCCGUAUUUGCAAGAAAAAAACUCUAAAGGAAAUUUUGCAAUUUCAAGUACCAGUUGCAAAUUGUGAGAUUAAGCCACAGUUACCUUUUUUAAAUAUUUAAUAACCUGGAUUUCCAAGAAUUCCUUUUCUCGCAAUUUAGAAUUUCUUGAAAUUCUGACUUCUCUCGCAAUUCCGAGCUAUAUCGCACAAUUUUGUCUUCUGUUCUCAGAAUUGUGAGGAAAAAAAGUCAGGAUUCCAAAAAUACAAACUUAGUUCUCUGAAGUCAAAAAUUGCGAGACACCUCGUAAAUUACAAGAAAAUUGUAAGAUAAAGCAGCAGUUAGCUUUUUAUAUUCAAUUCAGUGACAGAAAAAACUGAAUUGUAAAACGUAAACCCACACUUUCGAGAAAAAGUAAAAUUAAAUAAAAUUUUUCGUCAUCCUGGAGAAAAAAAACAUAUGUAUUUAGAGUUAUUGUUUUAUAAGCUACAUACAGUUGUGUAUAAAAGUUGCGUGUACCUGUUUAUUUUUUAUUUUUUUAAUCCCGUUGCGGAAAUUAGCUUCCAAAUGUGAAUGAUUCAGGCGCUGACUUACGUUCAGCAAAUCAUACUAACAAUACUAAUAAAGCAUAAGGGAGUAAACAUGUAGACGUAUGUGAAAUAAUACCUCUUAUGUCCUUAGAAGCACUGAUACAGCCAUCUGCAUUGGUUUAGGAUUAUAAAUGCGAUGCAUAUUAAAUACGGAUAUGUUUAAAGACCUGGAAGUUGCGUCACAGAUAUCUAUACUCAAGUUUACUGAAAUGCACCCAAAUGCAUCGCGCUAGCGGAUGAGUAACGACUCUUAACGAUGUCUAAUAUCCAUGCUGCAGAGAACCUGCACUACGUGGCGUUGUAAAGCAACCUCUAGCUUUUUCACCGAUUAAACGGGGGUUAAAAGGUUUUGAAAUGCCAAAUUAGAUUUUAAAUAUACCUCUUUUUAGAAAGAAAGAGUAAAAACAUUCCACAUCGUAGUCAGUGCUUUUGCAUGCAGCGCACCAAACUUGAGCUUUUACGCAAAGCCGUGCCUUCCAUCAAGCGAUAGACUGAACUUCUAGAUUUCCACAUGCAUCUAAUAUAAAGGUCUAUAAAGUGGGCAUUUCUUUACAGAACGAAUUUUUGUGCCUUUUUGUUUUUUCCUUUCGUUAAAGGAAGUACGUUCAGUUCUGUUUGUCGAGUCGAGUCGAUUUUUCUCUCUUUGAUUCAGGCUGUUCAUUGCCCUCAUUGACUACAUUGAUGUAGAUCAUAUUUAUCAAAUAAUUUAUUUGACGAGGGGGGUCGUGCGACAUUAACUGUUUAUGAAUGUACAGUUGACGUUACUUUAAUGUUAUGUUAAACAUAUUUAUGACGAAUGUAUACGAUAUUCUGCUGUGCUAUUUUGUCAACAAAGACCAUGCAGAUUGUUUAUCGUUUUUAUUUAAAUGCAUGGGUUUUUUAUACAAGUCGUUGUAAUUUUUUAUAUGAUACGCAUUAAAUGGCCAUUGUUUAAUUUAUUUAAAAA